AUGACAACAGAAGCAUACCGUUUCUCAUUUUUGCUUUUCCUAAACAAAUUACAUGCUAUGACAACCGCCCGAGAUGAUUUAUUAGAGCUUUUAGCUUUGAAAAAGCAGGAAUUCAAAGAUAACAAGACUAAAAACACACAUGCUCCUUCAAAUGAUAAAAGAACCGUGCAAGAUGUAUCUGAGCAGUUUGAUGAAAAGCCUGACAAGAAAGAUGCACAGAAAGUUUCAGAUACACACAAGGAGGAUGAGCCUAAGAAAGAUGAUGCAAAGCCAGCAGAUUCAGGAUCAACUAACAAGAAAGAACCUACCAAAGAGCAACAGGAAAAGUCAAAAAAAGAAAGCAAAGAAAGUACACAGACACUAACGGAUCAAGAUGCUCAAAUAUCUGGUCAGGAGCACAAGCAAAAGCCUGAGAGUAGCAACGCAGCCUCUCAGAACAAGAAAAAAGAAGAGAACAUGCGUCAACAAAGCCACGACAAACAAGAUAAACCCGAACAUUCCUCCAUUGAGAAGGCUCAAGGUAGAUAUCAAGAUGCAAACAAGUUAGAUCAGCAGCCUGAACAGGAAGAAGCUCAUCAACAAAAGGAGCACGAAAAAGCUCAAGCUGCACACAGCCCUAAAGAGGAGGAGCAACGUGAACAUCAGCAGCUUAAACAUGAAAAAGCUCAUCAACAAAAGGAGCACGAAAAAGCUCAAGCUGCACACAACCCUAAAGAGGAGGAGCAACAUGAACAUCAGCAGCUUAAACAUGAAGAAGCUCAUCAGCACAAGGAGCACGAAAAAGCUCAAGCUGCACACAGCCCUAAAGAGGAGGAGCAACGUGAGCAUCAGCAGCUUAAACAUGAAGAAGCUCAUCAGCACAAGGAGCACGAAAAAGCUCAAGCUGCACACAGCCCUAAAGAGGAGGAGCAACGUGAGCAUCAGCAGCUUAAACAUAAAGAAGCUCAUCAGCAAAAGGAGCACGAAAAAGCUCAAGCUGCAUACGACCCUAAAGAGGAGGAGCAACGUGAGCAUCAGCAACAUAAACAAAAGCAAAGGGCUCAAGAGCAUCGUGAAGAACAAAAUUUCAAAGAGCAAAAACAUAAAGAUUCGGGAUUGAAGGGACAAGCGCAUGAUGGCCAGGAAUACCAAGAGCAAAAGAAGAAAAAAGAACUUCCUAAAGAGGUGGAUACAGAUGCUCAUCCUUCAGCAAACGAGGCACCCGCUGUCAAGCAGCAACAAGAUACUAGUACGGAACCCUCUCAGCCAGUCCCAGCUCAGCAGCAGCAACAGCAACAAGAUACUAGUACGGAACCCUCUCAACCAGAUCCAGCUCAACAGCAGCAACUUUCUGAUCAGGUGCCUUCAGUAACAGAUCAAACAGAGACACUUCAAGCCACGGAAGACGAUGAUGUCUCAGUAACAGAACAAGAGGAUAUGGGUCAAGAAAAGACAGUUGCUGCCGAAUCAUUUUUUGAAGGAUACGGAAUCGCAGCAGGGCACGGCGAAGAUGAGUUUGGAGGUCUAGGAUUGAUUGGCGUGUUUGAAGAGAGCAAUGCAAGCUCCAUUGGCGCUGCAUUAGACAACUCUUAUAGAUUAAAUAUGCUCGCCAUCUUGUCUCUUUUCCUCAUGUAUUACAUUUUAGCCAAACAGAAAUAA